GGACACUUUUGAUCAGAGAUCCUGGUCAAUUUGUGCAGAUCUGGACGAAUCUGUAGAUGGGCAGAGAGGCAGCCGCCUCACUGAGCAUCGUAAAGAGCAGCAGUGUGGUUGUCUGCACAGGAGUGAUCUUCAACACUUCAUCAUCAUGCAAAGAAUUAAAUCUCCAAGCAAGGUUAGUGACUCAAAGUGUCCGCCUUCAUCUUCUACCUCACCGGCUCGUACACCUGCUCCUCUGCCUCGAACUAAACUGAGAGCAGGACCCCCCUCUCUAGACAUCAGCAGUGCAGCAGUGAGGAAUUGCACACUGGACACCAUAAUCUCCAAAAGUACUCUGAUUCAGUCAGGAAAUCCAUCUGUUUACCAGCUGAGGCCAAAAAAGGAAAAAUCUGCAAAGCUGACAAAACUGACAGUUGGUGAAAAAGAUGGAUGCAAGAGACAUAAAACAAUCCUAUUGGUUGGUGAAACAGGAGCAGGAAAAUCCACUUUCAUCAAUGCACUGGCCAAUUUCACCAUGGGAGUGAAGUUUCAGGAUGAGGUUUGGUUCCAAAUCGUGGAGGAGGUGGACCAUGAAACGUCUGAAGUGAUUGUCUAUGAAAUAUUUGGUUUUGAAGGUAAAGCCAUACCCUACUCUUUGAGCAUUAUCGAUACUCCGGGAUUUGGAAGCACCAGAGGGAUAGAACAUGAUGUUAACAUCAGUCAGCGAUUACUUGACUUGUUUCAAUCAAUGGAUGGUGUUCAUGCAAUUCAUGGAGUGGGUCUGGUAAUGAAAGCAAGCGAUAAUCGUCUCAGUGACCGACUGAUGUAUAUCUUGAAUUCCAUCAUGUCGCUGUUUGGAAAAAACAUAGAAGACAACAUCGUAGCUCUCAUCACUCACUCAAAUGGAAGAACACCAAACAAUGUCCUUCAAGCUCUUGAAGUUUCAACCAUUAAAUGUGCCAAAAAUGAGAAGAAGCAGCCUGUCUACUUCUUGUUUAAUAACUGUCAGAGCGAAGACCGGAACGAACUAGCAAAAUACCUGGAAGGGGCCAAUAAGAUAACAGAGAAAGGACUGACAGAGUUCACUGCCUUUCUGGAAAAGGCGCAACCUCAAAAUGUGAAGGCAACGGUUGUUGUUAUAAAGGAGCGCAGUGAACUGACAGCCUGCAUUCAAAAUCUGCAGGAAAGAAUAAUUGAAACGGAACAAAAACAGGAGCAAAUCAGACAAAUUCAACAUGACCUGAUUAAAUAUAAAGAAGAGAUGAAAAAGAAUGAAAAUUUUACUAUAGAAACAGAGGAGUCCUACAAAGUCAAAGAACCUAUAAAUGCCAAAAACCAGUUUAAAGGUGGUUCUUUUGAAGGAGCUAUGUGCUGUACUCGCUGUGAGGAGAACUGUCACUAUCCUGGAUGCAUUCUGGCCCCAAGUCCUGCCUUCUGUGAUGUCAUCACAGCAGGUCACUGCAUUGUUUGCAGUGGGAAGUGUCCCACAUCUGAUCAUGUGAAAGAAAAUUGGAGAUAUGUGACCAAAACAAGAAAAGUUAAGAUGACUCUGAAAGAAAUAAAGCAAAAGUAUGACAACAGUAAAACUGAAAGAGAGAAAAACUUGAGUUACUUAGAAGGUCUGGAGACAAAAAUUAAACAUCUGACUGCAAAGAAACAUGAGCUGCUGGAUGAGUCCUACAAGCAUGUUGUCAAACUAGAAAAGAUUGCUCUGAAAGUUGAUUCAGCAUCUACUUUAGUCCACCUGGACUUUCUGAUUGAGAAGAUGAAAGAGAAAGGAGACAAGAAAGUCCACAAACUAGAACGAAUUAAAAGAAACAUGGAUGAAGGAAGCAGAGCAGCUUUACAAUACCAGCAUAUUGCAGAGAAUCAGCUGUAGAUGCAACGAUGAGGUCAUUAUUCUGACUUAACUGACUAAAUCUCUGAUGUUACUUUUUUCAUGUAAUACAAAAUAAAUUUAUCAUCAAACAAAAUGUGGUGGAGGGAAAAUCUUGCUCAUUUGCCACAUAAUUCAUUAUGAAACAGCAAAAAGGUUAUGUGUCAACUACAGGAAUGCAGACAACAUUAAUGGUCUGGUUUAUUAAAGAUGCCAUAAAACAUAACUAUGAUUAAUGGUGGAGAUUAUUGUAGGCACAAUUGUGUUUAUUUGUAGUUUCAUUUCCACCCACACAGGUGGAGAGUGGUCCAUUAAACUGUUUUAGGUAGAAAACAUAUUUUCAGUGUUCACAACAGUACUUUGACGACAGAAAAAUAAAAAAACAUUGUUAAACACAAAUAAUAAGAAUGUUCCAAAGUAAUCUAAGAUGCAUAUCUAUGUAUGUAUGUAUAAACAACUGUGAAGAUAAUUAUUUCAA